AUGUUUUUGGUAGCGAGUGCACUGUUCAGUUUUUCUUUAAAUAUUGCUAUAGCUGAAUUGAGAUGUUUUCAAAGGAUCGAAGAAGAUAAUGUAAAUUUUUGUUCGUGCGAUCCAGCGAUUGAGGACAGGAGCUGGUCCACGUUCUCGAUUCUAGAGACCCUCAUGUUGUGUUCAAUGAGAUGUUCACAAACAGCCAGCUGUGUGGCUUACAACUUCUUCAAUGCCACCAAUCAGUGCCAACUCUUCAAUCAAACAUUGAACAAGUUCUCUGUACUGUCCGGCUGUCAAUAUUAUCUCAGAAACGGUGGAGCAGAGCUGAACAGAACUUUGUUGAUCACGGCGGACGAUGAACUGCAAGAAUUCUUCUUCAACGGUGAAAAUAUUUCUCUAUCAUUUUUCCCAAAUGCCAAGAAUUGGUCGCAGUUAGAUACAUUCAACAUGCCUAGUGAGCCGUUCGUGAUUGCUCUUAAGGCGUACAACAUGCUGUUUAAUGGAGGAAUGAUUGCCAAGACACCGGACGGCUACAUUCUGACCAAUGAAACAUGGAAAUGCACCACCAAGUACUACGAAGGCUGGCACAAAAUCAGUUACAAUGACUCAUUCUGGCCUGCUGGAUCCUAUUCAAAAAAAUUGAACGACACUGAUUGGCUAUCUGAUCCAUAUUUGGUGUCAAUUUUUUCAGGGGCAGACUGGAUCACCAAUGUGACUGCUUGCAAGAAAUGUGCCAUCUACUGUCGGAAAAAUUUCAUAGAAAGAUUUGUUUCAAAUCGAAAUGAAGAAAUUGUUAGAAACUUUUGGCUAGAAUUAGCUUUGCUGAGCUUUGACAAAAUAACUUGCAUUUAA